UCCUUUCUCGUUUGGGCUUCGUUCUCCAUCGUCUCUCGCGAAACCCUAACCCUAACCCUAGCGUCGGAUCAUCUCCUCCAAUGGCUCGUACCAAGCAAACCGCCCGCAAGUCCACCGGUGGGAAGGCGCCUCGCAAGCAGCUCGCUACCAAGGCGGCGAGGAAGUCGGCGCCGACCACCGGCGGUGUGAAGAAGCCUCACCGUUACCGCCCUGGAACCGUCGCGCUUCGUGAGAUAAGGAAAUACCAGAAGAGCACAGAGCUUCUGAUCAGAAAAUUGCCAUUCCAGAGGCUUGUUAGAGAAAUCGCCCAGGAUUUCAAGACUGAUCUCCGGUUCCAGAGCCACGCUGUGCUCGCACUACAGGAAGCAGCGGAAGCGUAUCUUGUGGGUCUCUUUGAGGACACCAACCUUUGCGCCAUUCACGCGAAGAGGGUGACGAUCAUGCCCAAAGAUAUCCAGCUCGCACGUCGGAUCAGAGGCGAGCGUGCUUGAUCACUCUUCUUCUUUUUCUCUUUGGCAUUUGACUUCUUAACCACUGCAUCUCUUCUGGAUUCCAUCGUGAACUUCUCUUUUUCUUUUCUUUUUUAACUCUAAAAUUUGGGAUUUUAGUGCAUUUUGUAUACAUGGUAUUGGGAUUAAUUCUUAUAUUUCGUGGUAUAAUUCGAGUGAUGAUUGCUUUGUGGAUUUAUGUUGGAUAGAUGGUUUAUGGUGGUUUGUUUUGUUGAUGAUUAACAAGCUUUUCUUAUGAA